AUGUCUGACAAACAGUACAUUCCCUGGAAUGCGGAGGGCGUCGAAGUCGAGCAACCUGGUGAGAAAGAGAAAAUAUGGGAAGUUUCGGAGCAGUUCAAGAGAAUGCAGAUGAUGAAUUUCAAUGAGCAUCAUCACUGCCUUCGCGGCACGCACUUGAAGACUCAGGGUUGCGUCAUCGGCCGGUUCUCCGUCGCCGAAGGCCUUCCACCACACCUCGCCCAGGGCAUGUUCAAGAAGGCUGGACAUUAUGACUGCAUCAUGCGCUACUCUUCUCUUACACCAAAGUUGGUGCCAGAUAAUGUUCCCGCGCCACGUGGUGUUGGUCUCAAGGUUUUCGGUGUUCAGGGCGAGAAGAUUUGGGGAGAGGAUAAGAAGACACAGGAUUUUACGUUUAACAAUUACCCCAUUUUGGAGCUGAGAACUCCGAAGGAUACUUGCGAGAUUGCGGAUAGUUUGGAGAAGAAUUGGAACCAGCUGGAUAAGUUUGCGGAGUAUUUGGGGAAGCGUGAGGAUGCUGAGGUUGCUUGUGCUCCAGCGAUGAUUCCGAGACAGCAUAUGGUCGCCAUGACUGAAUGGUCGCAAUCGGCUUACCGAUACGGUGACUACGUCGCCAAGUUUGCUCUCUUCCCUGAAGGCGAGGAGCAAAAGAAGCUGAAAGAGGUAUACCUUACCGAUGACGACCCAGUCAACAUCCUCUCCCAGCACACCCGAGCUUUCCACCAAAAUCACAAAGUCACCUACUCCUUCAAAGUCCAGCUUCUCGAGAACCUGCAAGAGCAACCCGUGGAUGACAUCGGUGUCGAGUGGGAUGCCAACAAGUACCCAUGGCAAGAAGUCGCCAGACUCGAAUUCGAUCCACAAGAUUCCUGGCUGCCUGAGUUCCGCGUCUGGUGGGACGACCGUAUUACCGUCAAUGGCUGGCACGGUUUGAAGGAGCACCAGCCUCUUGGCAGCACCAACCGCAUGCGCAGAGUGGUCUAUGCGGAGAGCAGAAAGCUCCGUUUGCGCGUCAAUGCAUACAAAGACUACAUUGAGCCCGCCAGUCUUGCCGAAGUGCCGGCGCCGAUUCCAGCGAUCUUCCAGAAGAUCAAUCCCGAGGCUGGACAGAAGGUCGCCUACUCUUCUGAGAUCAAGGUUUAA